AUGCUGCAUGGGAACAAGCACACGCAGUUCGAUUGGUGCAAUGUAGAUUGGACGGCUGCUGCCGUGUGGAAAUUGAGCAUGCUGGAAUUUGGGGAACUGUGUGCGACGACUCCUUCACCAACACCAAUGCUCAAGUGGUCUGUCGACAAGUUGGGGACUAUUUGGAUGGAUGAGGUAAGAUGCAAUGGAAACGAACCAGGGUUGUCAGCAUGCAGUUUCAAUGGCUGGGCCCACCACGACUGCUCGCACGGAGAGGACGUGGGCGUGUGCUGUCAUCAAUGUCCACCUGGAAUCCGUCCAAAUCCACAACCAGAUGGCAUAAGGCUCGUUGCUUGCAGAGGCGACGGGUGCUGCCGAGUAGAGGUGGAGCACGAUGGGACGUGGGGUACGGUGUGCGACGACUCCUUCUCAGACGCCGACGCUCAAGUCGUGUGCCGACAAGUCGGAUGCCCGACGGGAGGAGCAAGGCAGAUACAGGCUUUCGGAGGAGGGAGCGGGCCAAUCUGGAUGGACCAGGUGAGCUGCAGCGGAAGCGAACCAGGGCUAUCUAUGUGCAACUUCGACGGCUGGGCCCACCACGACUGCUCGCACGGAGAGGACGUGGGCGUGUGCUGUCAAGGCGGCUGCACGUCGGGAGGCGGGUCAGGAGGCGGGUCAGGAGGCGUCGCGACUCCGGGUCUCCGGCUCGUUGCUUGCAGAGGCGACGGGUGCUGCCGAGUAGAGGUGGAGCACGAUGGGACGUGGGGUACGGUGUGCGACGACUCCUUCUCAGACGCCGACGCUCAAGUCGUGUGCCGACACGUCGGAUGCCCGACGGGAGGAGCAAGGCAGAUACAGGCUUUCGGAGGAGGGAGCGGGCCAAUCUGGAUGGACCAGGUGAGCUGCAGCGGAAGCGAGGCCAGCCUGCCGACAUGUCACUUCGACGGCUGGGCCCACCACGACUGCUCGCACGGAGAGGACGUGGGCGUGUGCUGUCAAGGCGGCUGCACGUCGGGAGGCGGGUCAGGAGGCGGGUCAGGAGGCGUCGCGACUCCGGGUCUCCGGCUCGUUGCUUGCAGAGGCGACGGGUGCUGCCGAGUAGAGGUGGAGCACGAUGGGACGUGGGGUACGGUGUGCGACGACUCCUUCUCAGACGCCGACGCUCAAGUCGUGUGCCGACACGUCGGAUGCCCGACGGGAGGAGCAAGGCAGAUACAGGCUUUCGGAGGAGGGAGCGGGCCAAUCUGGAUGGACCAGGUGAGCUGCAGCGGAAGCGAGGCCAGCCUGCCGACAUGUCACUUCGACGGCUGGGCCCACCACGACUGCUCGCACGGAGAGGACGUGGGCGUGUGCUGUCAAGGCGGCUGCACGUCGGGAGGCGGGUCAGGAGGCGGGUCAGGAGGCGUCGCGACUCCGGGUCUCCGGCUCGUUGCUUGCAGAGGCGACGGGUGCUGCCGAGUAGAGGUGGAGCACGAUGGGACGUGGGGUACGGUGUGCGACGACUCCUUCUCAGACGCCGACGCUCAAGUCGUGUGCCGACACGUCGGAUGCCCGACGGGAGGAGCAAGGCAGAUACAGGCUUUCGGAGGAGGGAGCGGGCCAAUCUGGAUGGACCAGGUGAGCUGCAGCGGAAGCGAGGCCAGCCUGCCGACAUGUCACUUCGACGGCUGGGCCCACCACGACUGCUCGCACGGAGAGGACGUGGGCGUGUGCUGUCAAGGCGGCUGCACGUCGGGAGGCGGGUCAGGAGGCGUCGCGACUCCGGGUCUUCGGCUCGUUGCUUGCAGAGGCGACGGGUGCUGCCGAGUAGAGGUGGAGCACGAUGGGACGUGGGGUACGGUGUGCGACGACUCCUUCUCAGACGCCGACGCUCAAGUCGUGUGCCGACACGUCGGAUGCCCGACGGGAGGAGCAAGGCAGAUACAGGCUUUCGGAGGAGGGAGCGGGCCAAUCUGGAUGGACCAGGUGAGCUGCAGCGGAAGCGAGGCCAGCCUGCCGACAUGUCACUUCGACGGCUGGGCCCACCACGACUGCUCGCACGGAGAGGACGUGGGCGUGUGCUGUCAAGGCGGCUGUUCUGGGUUAGAAAGCGUUGGUCAACCUGCUGUUCUUCAUUCAAAGAUUGUCAGUUUGCUCCACAAGUAA